GUUGAUUCUAUCGAGAAAAUUUCUUCCGUUCAUCGAACGAAUCAUUUCUUGACCUCUAGUUUUCCAGUCCCACUGUUUGGGAAUCAUCAGAGUCGGUACAAUUCCAUGCGUUGGUUUUGCGCAUGGAGAUUUCAUACGCAUCGCCUAGCGUGACGAGUCUUGCUUUCGCUAAGUCUGCCCUUCCGCCAUGCAUUCCUCGAGCCGAUCCGUCAAUGUUGAUCCAUUGCAGCAUUCUAGUACGACGUUGUCGACGCCGGCGCUCUGGUGAAGAUAUGGACGGCGAAGGUUAAGCGGAUGACUUGGAUUCACUGGAUGGAGCUUCUGUUACCUUGAUCCCGUUGGAUUAGAACGUAUAAAUGGCGGGAGUAUUUACAGAGCGAUCUCUUGUCCGGGAUUACUAUUGGCAUCAUGCUCGUUCUGCAGCUUGCAGUUGGUCCAGUAGCAUUGGUUUCUCUACUGGUUUCUGAUGUCUUGGGUGGAAUUGUCAAUUCAUCCGAGGAAUUAUAUACUGAACUUGCGAUAUUAUUGGCACUCAUGGUUGGAAUAUUGGAAUGCUGAUGGGGCUCUUGAGGCUUGGAUGGCUUAUUCGCUUUAUCAGCCACUCUGUAAUCUCUGGCUUUACUACAGCUUCUGCCAUUAUGAUUGGAUUUUCCCACGUGAAAUACUUUCUGGGGUGGGUGUUUCACUGGUCUUUGUCACUCGCGAAUCUGCAAAUCCACAUAUGGAUUGUCAUUUCCAAUCCAAAUCGAGACGUUUUGCUUACAUUUUCAAGAUCUGGCGUCGUCGAGCUUAUUGGCAAGGAGUGGUUUUUUGUGAGAGUUCAUGAUGCAGUUCAAGUUUGUCUUCCGCUUGUGGAGAGCUUAAAGGAAACGACCAAGAUAGCAGAGUCUUCACCAAAUGAUGCAUCAGGCUUCCAAAAGCUUCCAAGUUCCAAAGAAAUCCACCCUCGAUUGGAACCUUUACUGUCUCAACAGCCUUCAAAAUGAUUUGGCCAUUAAUUUUGUCAAAAAGUUGUGCAUACCAGGAAGUCCGAGGUUCAAUUACCCAUAUUCCUAUUUGUAUAUAAUGAUAUUGAGUUAUUAUCAUAUAUUUAAGUGUGGU